CAUUUACGUCAAAACUUGCGCGCGCUUAUAACGAAUAAAAAGAACGAUAUCGCGCGUUGGACGGUAAUAUAGUAUUGUCGUUGGUGUGAACGGGCCUUAAAUGUUCGAAAACCAUGGUAGUACAUUAAAAAAGCCGCAGUGUAAAACAUGGUAUUACCAUGGUAUUUCUGUACGUGUCCCGCGUGGGUCUGAUAUUCCAGAUGAGCGUGACGCAGGAGUUCCUCAUUAAGCUAAUGGACUGAUCUGAGAUCUGAUACAGUCAAACUCCAGCAGAUCACUUACAGAUCAGAUCUGGACGCGAUUCUCCGCGCUCUUUUUCUGUUUCUGCUAUUGUGGGUGGAAAUAAACACCCGCUCGAAGCGCCCGAAGCUUCUGCCGACGCGCCGCGACACUCGCGCGUUCGCAGACAUGUUGUAGAAACGCAUCCGAGCCGCAGGUGAGACAUCUGAUGCUCCGCUAAAACACCUCCAUCAGCGGCGAACCUGCGAGGAAGAUGAGGCUGAGGAUCGGCGGACUCUGAUGAAGACGCUGCUGCUGCUACAAUCAUCUGGAUCUGAGCAGGAUUUGAUGUUUGAAUGAUCUAAGAUGAUGGUCAAAUAAUAUUUCGAUCUGUGUUGUUUGUGGACUGUGAUGAAGAUGAUGUUUAUGUACUGUGAGGAUGAAGAUGUUAACGAUCUCUGGACUGUGAUGAAGAUGAUGUUCGCGGUCUGUGGAUGAAGAUGAUGUUAAUGGUGGCUGGAGCGGUUCUGGUGCUGUUUUGGUGUUUUCCAGGCCAUCGUGUGUAUGUCCGACAUGAACGCGCUGCUGGACCGAUUUCACAACUUCAUCCUACCGCGCAUGCGCGGACCCGAGCGCGUGUGUCACUGCACCUGCGGCAGGCAUCAUGUGGAGUACGUGAUCCCGUACGAGGGCUCGGUCUCGGCCGGCUCCAUCGGCUCCUCCUCGACGGGGAACAGCGUGAGCAAACAGGAGCUGGACCUGGUCUUGGGUCUCCUGAUGGGCUUCUGCAUCAGCUGGAUCCUGCUGUGGCUGGACGGAGCGCUUCACUGCGCACUGCGCUUCUGGAGGUCCAGCAGAGCCUACGGUGCGGACGGCGAGCUGUGGCGCUCGUGGCGCUGGGUGUCCCGCGUGUGUAACCUGAGGGAGCUGCGCAGACGCCUGCAGCCGCGCCGGACGACGGAGGACGCCGGGAAUAACGUGGUCCACGUCAAGCAGAAGCUGUACCACAACGGCCACCCGAGUCCACGCAGACUCUGACGAACUUUGCGUCCAGAUGUUCCUCAGUGUUUUUCUGCUUGCUGUGUGUUUUUCACAGGUUUUGUGAGUGUUAGUUUUGUAGGGGUCUUCACGUCACCGGGGGGUUUGCAUUUUUUAGACCAAUUUUUGUGUAUCGGGUAACAGUGUCUGUUUUAGAAACAGGGCAUGCUGGGUAAUCUGUAGACAAACGGGAGGCGUUUGAUGUUUAGCUGACGUUUGAAGGCCAGAGAUCUUCGUUCUCUGAGUCGAUCUGCUGCUGUAUUUAGUGUUUGUGUGACAUUAAAGUGACUCGUUUGAUGGAGCACAAA